AUGGAGGCCGAAGAGAGCAGAGAAGAGGAGCUCAGCGACUCCCCUCCGCGCAGGCGCCGAGCUGACCCAGGAGAGGUCUGGGAGCCGAGCGCUGUGGGUGUGCGAGAGAGCUGCCCUUCCUUAGUCUCUCUCCUUCUUGCAGUCUUUCACCAGCUCGGAUCUUAUGCAAGAGAGGCUUCCUCAGUGCGGAGAUCCACACAGAUACAGUUCCCACAUCUGAUCCUUGAUCCAUGCGCGUGUUUUUACACUGCGACAUGCAAGAGCCAGGCAGGGCGGAAUGUGAAGAGCAAUGUCUGCAAGUGGUGCGAUAACACGUAUCCAGUCUGUGAAGAUCAUGUGUGCUACAGCAACUGUGACUUAAGCUCCUACUGUGAAAAACCAGAAGAAAUAUGUGUCUCUAUAUGGAAACAAGAUAAUGAAAGCAUUAGGGUGAGCACUCUCUGUCACAACCCACAGUUCCCUGUGGAAAAUGUUAUGGUUCCUAAAUAUAACACAUCACAGUGCGUUAUGGUCCGCCAGCACAGUGAAGAUGGGAUAUUUUACAUCUGCGGCUGUGUGAAUGAACAGGAAUGCAACGACAAGCUUAUAUUUAAAAAUCAGACCAAUGGGUACUCUAUGUUACAAAGCAAGGAAAUAAUCCCUGUGGCAGCCAUCAGCCUGCUGCCCCCCCUGCUAGUUGCCAUCAUGAUAACAGUGAUAUUCUACCUCUGCCGAACCCACCGGCAGAGGAAGAGAUCUAAAGACUGGGCCCAGAAACAAACCCAGCGCCACAUGCUGCCUGAAUCCAGCAGAGCCCGCAAAUACGAUGAGAUCUUGUCUGUCAAGAUAGACACCCACACCACCCUGAGCUCGGCCUGUGCCAACAACAUCAACCACAACACUGAAUUGCUGCCCAUUGAGCUGGAUGAGAGAGUGGGAAAGGGGCAGUUUGCCGAAGUCUGGAGGGCAAAACUCAAGCAUGCCUCCUCAGGCCAAUAUGAGACAGUGGCAGUGAAGAUUUUCCCUUGUGAAGAGUACACCUCCUGGAGGAACGAGAGCCAGAUCUUCACGGAUAUCAACCUCAAGCACGACAGCAUCCUUCAGUUCCUCACAGCAGAACAGAGGGACUCUGGUCUCCAGAAAGAAUAUUGGCUCAUCACAGCCUACCACAGUCAGGGAAAUCUCAAGGAUUACCUGUCCAGGCACAUUCUCAGCUGGAGGGACUUGCAAAAGAUGGCCGGUUCUCUAGUGAGUGGUGUGGCUCACUUGCACAGUGACUACACUCCUUGUGGCAGUCCAAAGAUCCCCAUUGCCCACCGGGACAUCAAAAGCACCAACAUCCUAGUAACAAGUGAACAGGAAUGUGUGCUCUGUGAUUUCGGAAUUGCUCUGAGGCUAGAUCCAGCCUUGAGUGUGGAGGAUUUUGCUAAUAGCGGACAGGUGGGCACUGCCAGGUACAUGGCUCCUGAAGUUUUGGAAUCCAGAGUGAAUCUUGAAGAUCUAGAGUCAUUUAAACAAAUGGAUGUCUAUUCCCUGGCCUUAGUUUUAUGGGAGAUAGCCUCCAGAUGUGAAGCUAUCGGAGAAGUCAAGAAUUAUGAGCUCCCGUUUGGGUCAAAAGUCCAAGAACAACUGUGCAUGGAGGUUAUGAGAGACAUAGUGCUGCAUGGUCGUGGAAGGCCAGAGAUAUCGAGUAACUGGUUGAUACAUCAGGGAAUGCAUUUCUUGAGUGACACCAUCAUAGAAUGCUGGGAUCAUGACCCCGAAGCCAGACUCACCGCCCACUGCGUGGCAGAACGUUUCAAGCUGAUGGCGCAGAUGGACUGUGAUGACAUCCUCAACAACAACAACAACAACGCGGACAGUGAGGCAAGCAAACUGGGCUGCCCGAGAGAGGGGCAUCAAAACAGUGACAGGAACAUCCAAUGACAGAAGGAAGGAACAGAACAGAAGCACCCAAGGCAUCUCACUCUUCAAAAUUAUACACACACACCCCCACGUAGUCUUCUCAAUGAGUAAAAUAGAACUCAAGGCCUCUUAUUCCCUAGGCAGAGCCGAUGUAAUUGUUUUUUUAUGCAUGACAAAAGCAUGUAGAUCAUUUUAUAAUUUUAAAUGUAAAAUACACAUUCUCUUUCUUUUAAAAGGGAUUAACAAUUAGGCAUUUUUAAAAGUUAUUUUUCCUUUAAUGAUCAUUCUUCUUUGGUGGGGAGGGUAAGAGACAGAAAGAGCCUUGAGCAAAAGCAGGCCACGGCAGCUAUGAGCAAACCAGGUAAGAGCUCAACUUUCCUAUUUAUAGACUUAUAGUUUUUCCCAACAAUUUUGUCACACAGUUCAGAGUUCUCAAGAAACCACGAUCAGCUCAGACUGGCUCUGCCCUCUAACGGCUGAAGCAUUUUGGCACUUUGCUUUUCCAUUAGGCAGAAUAAUUUCUUCUUUUCAGCCCUAGCUUACACUGAUAGCCUUUUGCCCCUUGAGUGACUCUUGCCUGAAAAAUCAACCAGCUUUUCAAGCAGACACUAAGCAUAUGGAAUUCAAGAAAUAUACAUUCACUUCUUGCCAGGAAUCCAGAGGUUCAUCACGUCUAUCUAUAAAGUCACUCACUGAUGAUCUCUAUGGAACAGAUUUUAUAGUGCAAAGGGCUGCUCCUAGAACAUGGCAUGCAGAAGAAAAUGCACACGGGCCAUGUAAGCUCACAGGCAGAGUGCAGCUUUUAAGUGCAGCUUAUUAUGAACUUCCGUAAGAUAAACAUGCUUGAUAGAAUAUCAAACAUGGAUUCUUUUUGAAGUCUGGCAUCAUUUAACUCAUUACUAUGAAAAGAGACAAAACAAGAAAGUUGAUUUUGGUAACUUUAUUUCCCCUCCCCCCCCCCCCUUGCUCACACAGGGUAUCGUAAACUAGCUGCAUUCAAAUUUCAGUGCAUUUCACAGCAAAAAAAAAUGUACAAGGAAAUCUCCACAGGUGUGCAUAAAACCCUCAAGUUUUUUUUUCUGUAUGAUUUUCAAACUUUGUGGGAAACGAAAAUGGUUAUGUAACCAUCCUUUGAUGUGUUCUGAAAUUAUUUCCCCUUAAUAUGGAAGAAAAUUUUAAAAAACACUUGACCAGCACACACACACAGUUCAUAAUUUUUCAUAAGGAGAGGCCCCGUUGAUGACAAGGACCAGAAGGGGACAGAUAAUGGUAUAUACACUGAUUGGAAGACUAUAUCAGAAGAAACAUAGUAAGGCACCACUCUUAGAAAAAUUAAGGUAGCUUGUAGUAACAAUAAUGAAAGCCAUAAAUCAGUACUAUUCUUAAUUGCCAGCAAUUCUUAGACUUCGAUAAAAUACCUGCCUCAUAAAAAACAAGGGACUUUUUUUACCUGAACAUUGUUUCCUGAUAUCAGAUUGCAAUUGGUUAUGUAUGCAGUCCCAUGGCAAAAAACACAAGCCUUUUUGGGUAUAGAAAAAAAAUCAAAAGUGAUAGUCGAAUCACUGGGCGCACACUGAUGCCUGACUUUGAACAUACAGACAAGACACUUUAAAUCACUUGCCAGGGCUGUCUAACACUGACUCUCUGUUUCAGAGAAACCCAAGGGGAAGGGGUCAGGAGAAAAGAGAGUUCAAGGAAAUUAAUACAACUUUUUAAAAAGUUUGCAUUAUUUAGGUCUAGGUCUUAAUCUUUAUGAGAUGGAAUAUCUUUGUGGUAUUUACAACACGAAGCCACUAAGAGCAGUCUUCUGAGGAAAGCAACAAACUGGAGUGGAUUUUUUUAAAAAAGAAUCUUCCCUCCCCCCCACCGUUCUUCUUGGCUUGAGUCAACUCUGAAACGUAGAGAAAACCCCACAGUUACAAUUCUAAUCUACUGAGGAAAAGUUUUUAAAAGGCAGUUGAGAUGAAUCACUCAUUUUCCCACAGACACACAUACAUUUUCACUGAUAUUUUUUUAAAGUGUCAAGUCCUGAUCCAGAUGGUUCAUAACACUGAUUCCAAGUUUAACUUCUGAAAAGUCUCCUCUUCAAGUUUUUCAGUGUGGGUAAUUCAGAGCAGCAAAAUCUGGCUUCUCUUUAUCUGGGUACUGAAGUUCAGAAAUGGGCAGAGACUGAAACAUAGCCUGUGAAAACUGUUCAGGUAUCUCUCCACAGGAAAAUUAACUUGGACAAGACAGCGUAGCAGCUCUGAAUGCUGCUGCUUAAAGGAGGAGGUCUUUUUUUUAAAGAUCUUAGGCAGCUUUGCAGGAGGGUGUGCUUAGAAAGAACACAAUAGAUACAAUAAAAUCUUCAAAGCCAUAUAAAAAGUUCUGUUGAAAAAGAAGCACAUACCUGGCAAAGUUCUUUCUCUCUCUCUUUCUACCUUUUGAUUUUCUGCAGCUUUAAAGUGCCCUAGCAGUUUUAUUCCUUUUAUGCUUAUUUAAUUUUGUGCAAUUGCAUAAGAAUCCCAAAGGACUCUUAGAGAAAUACAGCAUUUUGGAAGUUGUAGGGAUUAGACAAGAGAGAAGAAUCACUUUGAAGACAUGCCUUCUAAUUUGUGUCCACUGGUGGAUUUUGUUCAGCAAGCGCACUUUUCGAAAGAGGGUUAUAAUAAAUCCAGCCCUCUCCCUGAAAUUCAAAUAGAGAAUGAGGUUAUAUAUACUUAAAGGAUUGUUUUCUGCAAUACAUUGAUUGAUGGUAGCUAAUUGCCUUGAAAAAUUCAAUUCUGAGGCUGAAAAUAGUAUUUGUUCAACUGUUAAUUCAGUCUUUAGCCAGUAUACACUGGAACACCAGAGCUUUUGAAAAAGAACAAACUUAUUAUCUAAUCUGACUUGGGCCAAGGCAUUCUGAACUUUUGCUGUACCUCCCAGGCUUACACUUUGUCCUACUGGGAAGAACAUAAGAACUAGCCUGCUGGAUCAGACCAGAGUCCAUCUAGUCCAGCAUUCUGCUACUCGCAGUGGCCCACCAGGUGCCUUUGGGAGCUCACAUGCAGGAGGUGAAAGCAAUGGCCUUCUGCUGCUGCUGCUGCUGCUCCUGAGCACCUGGUCUGCUAAGGCAUUUGCAAUCUGAGAUCAAGGAGGAUCAAGAUUGGUAGCCAUAGACUGUUUUCAAGAUGUGCUACAGACUACAUCAAGAUGUGAGAAGCACAGCCACUUCCUCUUGCCAUGCAGCUGAGCCAAGUAACUGUCCACCAAGCUUCUGACUUCUCCUCAUUGCCCCCUAGUGACUCUUCUCACAGAUACUUCAAGUAGAGGAUCUACUUGAUUCCACCAUAAAUGAAAUCUAGUCUUGGUGCCAAAUCUACUGAUUCAAGCAAUUCUAGAGGGAUGCUAAUCUGAAGGCCCUUGUGAAAUAUUCUGGCCAUUUAGGGAACAAAAGAGGUGUUAUUCCUAAAUACAUAAUUGAAAAACUGUUUCAGCAGGAGACCAUUUCUUUCUAUCCACAGACAGCAGAAACAGAAAACAAACUUCUGAAGUCAUAAAAACUUCAGGGACAAGGCUCGCAUUCAAAACUUUACGCUUGUGUUUAGUUACUUACCUCUUUGUGAAAAUGCUUGGUAUGCCACGGUGUGCCUGUCUCAGCUCGGUGUCUCUCUUCACUCCUCUGCCGUUCCUCCAAUGCCUUUUUAUGUUCCGUUGCCUUAUCGAUGUCCCCUUCCCUCAGGGACUCAGUCACAUGUUGCCAGAGUUUUCUGUGAAUUAAAAAAGCACAACUGAUUUUCAAGCUCUCUUGGCAUUGCAACACUUGCGAUUAGUUUACAAGUGAGGUUAAUUCAUGACUGCUGUCCUAUCUGGUAAGCAAAAAGGGAAACUGAAAAAAACCUUGAAGUGUUAGGUCCAAGAAUCCUAUUCCCACCUGUCUAACAGGGCACAACUUCCACUCGUUUAAACAUGCAUGUUGUCUCAACACAAUUCUGAAAUGUACAGGUAUCUGUGCAACUGUGCCAGGUGGGAUGCAAAUCCUCUCCUGUUGGGUCACCCUACAGAGCAGCCAUUUUUUUCUUUGCUGCUUUUUGGAAGGAUCUGACACCAGUGUAUGCACACAAGGAGCAAGAAUGUCACAAGUCCUGCCUCUCUUGGCAUGCGCAUUGAGAGAGGCAGAAGAGCAGCAAUGCAAAGUCAACCAGUGAUGGAGAGGAUUCCUCUGACAAUUAGUUUACCCCUCACUUUGAGACAUUCUGGGGUUUUCAAUUUAAAUUUCCUGUACCCAGCUCUCUGGGUUUACUACCCAUAAUCCUAGCCUUGAGAUUGGGGGUGGUACAACUCUGGUUUCCCCAUCUUCCUGUCAUAUUACUCUGAUGUCACAUAACAUCUGCUCAUGUGCUUAUACACCAGUGAAUUCCAGGUUCCCACCUGCAGGUUAAAGGCUGGUCCCUGAUAUAGAAUGUUUGAAAACUACUGCCCUAACAGAUGUACUGGAAUAUUACAAUCAACAACGGGAAGGCGAACUGCAGACUUCAGUGAAUGAGAGAACAUUGCCAUAAAAAUAAUUAUUCAGGUAACAUGAACAAACCUGAGAAAUACAGGUGUGCAAACAACGUGGAAUAAAAUUUUGCACCAAGAUCAUAGAACAUAA